CAUUGCAGCGGUGAUAUUAUUAUCAAGAGACAAUAAUUUAUCAGUACGCAAAAUUACGUCGUUUGAUACGAAUGAAGCUGUUUGUGGAUAUGUGUUUUUUACUAAGAAAAAAUCUUUAAAUAAAAAUGAGUGGAGUAAACUUACCAGCUAUGGCUGAAUGUGUUACAGCUCCAGAUGACAAAAAGCAGACUAUAGCAAUGGAAGAAGUGAAUGCAGCUCUAAAAGAAUGUGGAUUUGGAUUAUUCCAUAUAAGAUUACUGAUAUCAGCUUUUGUAGCUUUAGUUAAUGGUGUGAUAAUUUCAAUAGCAAAUCCAUAUGUUUUACCUGUAGCAGAAUGCGAUUUGAAUAUGAAUUUGGUGGAAAAGGGUAUUUUGAACGCCUCGCCUUUCGUAGGUAUGGUUGCUUCAAGUAUUAUCGCAGGAUUUCUUACGGAUGCAUUCGGACGAAAGAGAUUUAUUCUGAUUGGUUACGAAGGCCUUUUCGUGUUCAUGUUCAUAUCAGGAUUGAGCCAAAAUUAUGUAAUUUUAGCAACAGCGAAAUUCUUCGAAGGACUCUUUUUUGCAACGGCGUUCAGUCCAACACUAACGCUUACUUCGGAGUUCUGUCACCACGGCAUUAGGGACAUAGUUAUGUUACUGCAAGCAUCUUUCAUGCCGUUGGGUCAAGUAAUUGUGGCUCUCAAGUCCUGGCUGAUAUUAAGUCAUGAUUGGAAACUCUCCUUUUUUGAUGGAUAUUUUGUUUUGCACACGUGGAAUAUAUACUACUUAGCUUUGUCACUCUGGCCACUGCUGGUGUGCAUAUUAUAUGCCUUUAUACCAGAAAGCCCCAAAUUUCAUGUCACGUUAAGCGAGUACGAUAAAGCUAGAGAAAUAUUGACUAAAAUUUACAUGGAGAACACGAGGAAGCCUGCGAAUACUUUUAAGUAUGUUGAUUUAUGGUGCAAUAGAAAAUCAGAAGAAGCAAUCAAUGAAAAACCCCAAGGAUACUCAUCUAUCACGGAACAAAUCUGUGCUGGCUUUCAAAAUAUCAAGCCCAUCUUUAAAAAGCCAUUGCUCUGGUCUCUUAUCCUUAUAUGCACAUUGAAUUUCUUCACCCUGAAAUUAUACAACAUAAUAAUAAUGUGGUUCCCGCAACUAUCAGCGAUUGUUGAAAACUAUUCUCGGAUUGGUUCAAAUGAUCUUUGUGUCAUGCUGGAUGCCUACACACGAGAUUCAAAUUCCAGAGCAAUUAAUACUAACAAUGGAACCUGUGUUCCGGUACGCAGUGGCACAGAGUCUUACAUAAAUAACGUUAUAUUAGGAACAGUCUGCUUUCUAGCACUAGUCAUAAGCGGAAUGGUCGUAAAUAAAGUCGGUAAAAGGAAUCUUUUUAUAGCUUAUGGAAUUGUUACUACAGCUUUGACUGUAGCAUUGAGAUGGGCCAAUUCGAAAGCAUCGAUCGUUACUUUGUUUUCAUUGGAUGGAGCUAUAACACAAGCUAUGGCGAGUCUCACACAGGCAAUGGUGGUUGAAGUUUUUCCUACUUCUAUAAAAUCUUUAGCGAUGUCUAUUGUUAUGACGUGCGGUCGAGUUGGAAGUAUUUUUGGGAACGUUUUAUUUCCUGUACUCUUAAAUAUUGGAUGUUCUGUGCCCUUUUUCUCAAUGGCAGCAAUGUGUUUUGGUGUGACGCUGCUUGGAUUUAUCAUACCGAUCAAAAACAAGACUUAAUUAGUUUGUAAACAAAAUAAAAAGAUAUAAAAAUAA